CUCUCUUUUCACAAACAUAUACACAAAAAUGGUUGAAUCAUGGAUAUCUAAUAGUUCUAUAACAGCACUUGUACUCUCAAUUGCAGCAUGCACCCUCUUCAUUUCUCCCUUCGCCGCCGCAAAUUUCAUACAAACUGUAGAAAUCACGUGGGGCGACGGCAGAGCCAACAUACUCAACAACGGAGAUCUCCUCACUCUCGCACUAGAUCAAUCCUCCGGCUCCGGCUUCCAAUCCAAGAACGAAUACCUCUUCGGCAAAAUCGACAUGCAGAUCAAACUCGUCCCCGGUAACUCCGCCGGCACCGUCACAGCCUAUUAUUUGAAAUCGCCUGGAACAACUUGGGACGAAAUAGAUUUCGAGUUCUUAGGGAAUCUAAGCGGCGAUCCAUACAUUCUUCACACGAACGUGUUCAGCCAAGGAAAAGGAGACAGGGAGCAACAAUUCUAUCUAUGGUUCGAUCCCACCCUGGAUUUCCACACUUACUCCAUCCUCUGGAAUCCUCAACGCAUAAUCUUUUCAGUCGACGGAACUCCCAUUAGGGAAUUCAAGAACGCGGAAUCUGUCGGAGUGCCGUACCUGAAGAGCCAGCCAAUGAGGAUAUAUUCAAGCUUAUGGAACGCAGACGAUUGGGCUACUAGAGGCGGGUUAGUGAAGACGGAUUGGGCAAACGCUCCGUUUAAAGCUUCGUAUAGGAAUUACAACGAUUCAACCGCCUGUGUUUGGAUGAAUUCGGAAAAGAAGUCGUCUUGCGGCGACGUGUCUUCGGGCUCCGGCGGCGGCGGAAAUGGGUGGUUGAAUGAGGAGAUGGAUACGACGGGGGAAGAGAAGCUGAGAUGGGUGCAGAAGAAUUAUAUGGUCUAUAAUUAUUGCACUGAUAUUAAGAGGUUUCCUCAAGGAAUUCCACCGGAAUGCAAAAUGCAGUAAAUUUACACUAUAUAUAUUUUUCAAGGCCAAGAUUCUCAAUUCUUUUUGUAUGUAGUUGUAAGCUUCGGCGGCUGAAAAUCUUGUAUGUUAUAUUUUGAAAAUCAUUCCCAUAAGUAAUAAA